AUGCCAUCGCAACAGUUUUACCUUCUGGGAGAACCUAUCUCUUCAGCGAGGACAAUUCCAUUGGACGGCAUCCAUGAUCUCGAGGGCUUGCGGCACCUGACUGCAUCGCAUUUUGCCGUUGUGGAACCGAGUGGAAUUGAAUUUUCGAGACAAGACACAUGCCUCACGGAUAUCAGCGAGAUCAUUUCAUCCGCAGUUCCCGUCGCCAUCGCGAUUGACGGUCACGCCGUCCGGGACGCCCCCUCGCCUAAAGGCCUCCCCCUCGUCGGCAACUUCUUCCAGGUCUACCCGGACCACCUGGGCAACCACCAGCGUCUCUUCGAGCAAUACGGACCCCUUAUCAAGACCAACACUCUAGGCCGCACAGUGUACCAGACAAAUGACCCCGUCCUCUCCGCCAUCAUCUUCAACGAAUCCGACUUCUUCACCAAGAAAAUCAACGAGGCGCACCCGCUGUACUCGCUCAAGACCCCUGCCGCUGGCGUGUUCUUAGGGGACACAGAUACCCCCGAAUGGCGGGUCGCACACAAGUUCCUCCCGCCUGCAUUAGGUCCAAAAGCCGUCCGGCAUUACGCGCCCACCAUGCAGACGACUGUCGAAGAUGCGUGUGCCGUGUUUGAUCGGCUAGAUGAGCAGGGCGAGGCCUGGAAUGUGUAUCAGUAUAUGCUGAAGCUAGGGUCCCAGGCAGUGGGCAAGUUAACCCUAGGCCUAGACUUUGAGCAUUUCUCCUCAGCGGACGCGCCAAUCCAUGAAAUGGUGCACCUGAUCGCGGAGGUGCUCUCACUGAACAAAAAGGUGACAUCGAAGGGGGAUUGGUACACCGCUUUGCCGUUUGGGGAUCCCAAGCGUCUAAAAGAGUGCAAGGCGCGCAUCGAGCAGAUGGUCGAGGAGUCGGUCCGGAAUGCGCAGAGGGGAGGUGUCGAGGAUCUACCGCUGCAGGAUGCCGCGCUGCGAGCGUCGAACAUGGUUGGUGGGUCUACCCAGCCCCCUGAGCUUCGAGUACUGCUAACAGCAAUAGACUAUGCCGUCCGGGCAACGGACAACAAAGGCGAGAAACUUCCCAAAUCCAGUCUCGUCUGGGCCCUCGUCGUCGCCACCGGCGCCGGCUUCACGACGACCAGCUCCCUUCUCUCCUGGCUCAUCUACGGCCUUGUCACCUACCCAGGCAUGCAGGACCGUCUGCUCCAGGAACUCAUCGACCACGGCUUCGACGACAGCACAGAGAUCACAGCCGACUUCACUGAUAAACUGACUUUCCUAGACAAGUAUAUCAAGGAAACGCAGCGCCGGCACAACCCUUCCUUCCAGCCCGGGCGCACCGCAAAGGUCGACUUGAUCCUCCCGGGAGGGUAUAGAAUCCCUCAAGACGCGGUGGUCAUCCCUGCCCUACAUCACAUCCAUAAUAACCCUGCCAUCUGGGAUAACCCGGCGCGCUUCAACCCGGACCGGUGGGAGACGGACGAGGUGAAGAAGCGGCAUAAGGCGGCGUAUAUCCCCUUUGCGAUGGGGCCGCGCAUGUGUAUCGGUUUCAAUUUUGCUCUGCAAGAGAUCAAGGUAUUCCUACCCAAGUUGAUCUACAGGUAUAAGUUUACGCGGGAAGGAGAUGGACCGAUUGAGUACGAUCCGAUGUUUCAGUUGAUUAGACCGAAUAAUCUGUAUGUGAGGGCUGAGAGGAGGAUCAAGUGGCCUCCCAAGUCGAAUGCGUGA